GUUUAUUGACAUCGAUAUGAUGGCAACGUCACAAGAUUAUUUUGGCCAUCCUUACGCACUUUUCCGCGGACCUCCAACCACAUUGCGUCCGCGUACCUCGCCCUUGGGCGUGGGUGCCCAUGCUCAUGUGGGGUAUGCGGCACUCGAUCUGCAGACACCGCAUAAGCGGCACAUUGAGACGGAUGUGCGCGCACCGCCCCCGCCGCUGCCACCGCCGCCGUUAUCGCUACCGCUGCCGCCAACAUCGCCGAGGUACAACACUGAACAAGGAGCUAUGGACCAGCAAUUUUGUUUACGCUGGAACAAUCAUCCUACAAAUUUGACCGGCGUGCUCACCUCACUGCUGCAGCGUGAGGCGCUCUGCGAUGUCACCCUCGCCUGUGAGGGUGAAACAGUCAAGGCACAUCAAACCAUACUGUCAGCCUGCAGUCCAUAUUUCGAGACGAUUUUCCUACAGAAUCAGCAUCCACAUCCCAUCAUCUAUUUGAAAGAUGUCAGAUACUCAGAGAUGCGCUCCCUGCUCGACUUCAUGUACAAGGGCGAGGUCAAUGUGGGCCAGAGCUCGUUGCCCAUGUUUCUUAAAACCGCCGAAAGUCUGCAGGUGCGCGGUCUCACAGACAACAACAAUCUGAACUAUCGUUCCGAUUGCGAUAAGAUGCGCGACUCGGCCGCCAGUUCGCCAACUGGACGUGGUCCCAGCUAUGGGGGCCUCGGUGCCGAUGUUCGUGACUCUCGCGACUCGUUGCGCUCCCGCUGCGAACGCGAUCUGCGCGACGAUCUGCAGCGCAGCAGCAGCAGUCUCAGCCUCAGCGAACGCAGCUCGGCCGCUGCGGCUGCGGCGGCAGCGGCUGCCGCUGUUGCGGCCGCCGGUGGCAAUGUGAAUGCCGCUGUCGCUGCGCUGGGGCUGACAACCAGCGCCGGCGAACGAUCUCCCAGCGUGGGCAGCGCCAGUGCUGCUGCAGCUGCAAUGGCCGCCGCUGUGGCGGCUGCUGCCAAUCGGAGUGCGAGUGCCGAUGCACUGAAUAGUCGCGGCGAUGCAUGCAGCGAUCGGGGCAGCGAUAGAGGCACGCUCGAGCGUGCUGACAGUCGGGAUGAGUUGCUGCAGCUGGACUACAGUACUAAGGAUAACAAUAAUAGUAACAGCAACAACAACAACAACAAUAAUAAUAAUAACAACAACAGCAGCAACAACAACAGCAGUAGUAGCAACAACAACAACAAUAGCAGCAGCAACAACAACAACAACCGAGAGCGCAAUGAUAGCAGAGACAGAGAUCGUGACAGGGAGCUCUCGACGACGCCGGUAGAUCAGCUGUGUAGUAGUAAGCGCAGACGUAAGAACUCAUCAUCCAACUGUGAUAAUUCGUUGUCCUCGAGCCAUCAUGCGAAUGCGGCCCACAUACAGGACAGGCACUAUGCGCAGGACUCUCAGGCCAGUGCACACAGCAAUUUCAAGUCGAGUCCUGUGCCGAAGACAGGCGGCAGCACAUCAGAGUCGGAGGAUGCGGGCGGCUGUAGACGCGAUUCCCCACUGUCCAUGACAGUCGGACAUCUGGGCGUGGGCGGUGGCAAUGUGGGCGCGGCCAGUAUUAAGCAGGAGCUAAUGGAUGCACAGAUGCAGCAACAGCAGCAUCGCGAGCAUCAUGUCGCCCUGCCUCCCGAUUACUUGCCGAGCGCCGCCACAAUGAAAAUGCACGCCGAGGACAUGACAACGCUCCUGACACAGCAUGCGCUGCAGGCCGCCGAUGCGCGGGAGGAGCACAACGACGCCAAACAGUUGCCACUCGAUCAGACGGACAACAUUGACGGUCGCGUUAAAUAUUUUAACAGUGCCCGCAAGCACGAGGCAGAGAACGAUGUCGAUGGCGAGACCGAAGCUGAAGUCGCAGAUAGGGAUUGUGGCAGGCUCGAUGUGACACUGGCUGUGGUCAAAGAUGUGGAUGAUCACGAUAUGGACGAAGAGGACGAGGCUGAGGCCGAAGCUGUGGCAGCUGCUGCACUUGCCUAUCAUGCAACACCAAAGUACAGGCGCGCCAUCAUCUAUGCGCCGCACGAUGACGAGCUGCCGCAAUCGGAGAUGUUCAUGGACAACAGCAACUACAAUUGCGAAUACAAGUGCAAGGAGCGCAAUAUGCGUGCCAUACGCUGCAGUCGUCAGCAGCAUCAUCAACAUCACCAACAUCAUCAUCUGCAUCCACAUCCAAGCCUGCAUCAUCAGCAUCAUCCACAUCAAGUGGCAACGGCGCCGCAGACGGCAUUGAACCUUGGACGGCACAGCAGCGCAAUUGUGGCAGCCACCGAAGCGGAAGCCGCCUACUCGCCCACACACACGCCCACGCCGACAGCGAGCGGCAGCAGCAACAACUAUCGCGAACAGCAGCCACAUCUCAGCUAUGCCAUGCAGCACUCACCCAACGAGCAACAACAACAGCAGCAGCAGCAACACCAGCAGCAGCAACAACAACACCAGCAGCAGCAGCAACAGUUGGAGCUAGCGCAUAGCUAUGCUCAUGGUCAUGGCCACCAUGCGUCACCCCACACCCACCCCUCGCCGCACUAUCAGUCCGCGUUGCACCCCCUCUCGCCACAGCCGAGCUCGUCAAGCGCCGCCUCGGGCAGCAGCACCUCGGCAGCAGCUGCUGCGGCGGCUGCAGCAGCAGCCAAUCGACGGGAUCACAAUAUCGACUAUUCAACGCUGUUUGUGCAACUCUCGGGCACAUUGCCGACCCUGUACCGGUGUGUCAGUUGCAACAAGAUCGUGUCGAAUCGCUGGCACCAUGCCAACAUCCAUAGACCGCAGAGUCAUGAGUGUCCCGUGUGCGGACAGAAGUUCACACGGCGCGACAAUAUGAAGGCCCAUUGCAAGAUCAAGCAUGCGGACAUCAAGGAUCGCUUCUUCAGCCAUUAUGUACAUAUGUGAUCACUUUAGAUAGUUAACCAUAACCGACUAGUCGAUCAUUUCUAGUCCUAUUGAUACCCCCCUCUGAUAACAACAACAAAAGGACAACCCGAGUUGUUAUAAUUACGUAUACGUACUUAGCUCCCUAAGAGUUUCCAAGAGUUUCUUCAGUGCUCACCGCAAAAAAAAAAAUAAGAAAAAAAAAGAAAAAGAAAUUUUAAAUAUUACUUAAUGACAGGAUAAACAAACAACAGAAGAAAGUUAAACAAAUCAAAUUGAAUCGAAUCAAAAACAAAAGGUUUUCAAUUUCAAAUCUAAUCACAAUUCAAAUACAAACUAUAAAUACGUAAUAAUUAAUAUUUAAAGGUAUUCGAGCAGAUUGUAGCUAAAUCAAAAUAUGUAUUUUAUUGUACUCUUGUAGUUGAUUUAAAAGACUUUUAUUAUUGUUACUUAUAUAACCUUUAGAUGCUUUUUACACAACAAUUUAAACAGUUAUGGUACUUGAAUAUUAGCCGAAAAAUACCGCAUACCGAGACCAGUACUUAAGAGCAAACUUUGAAAAGUAUUACAUUAGAAUUCCACAACUUUGCGUUUCCAGUUGUUUUAUCAUCAGUUUUUUUUUUAUUUAUUUUUUUUUAAUGAUUUUUGAACAUUUAACAUGUGCUGUAGUGAGUUUUGAACUAAUAAUUAAAGUUGUGUGCCAUAUUAACGAUUCUCUUAUAUACAAUACACUUAAAUAAACAAAUAUUAACGUCCAGAGAAAAUCAAAUAAAUUAUAAUAGAUGCAGAGGCAACAAACGAGACUAAUGAGUAUCUGAAAAGAAAGCGAUAAUGAAAAGCAAUAUAUUCUUUUAGAACACCUAAGAUCAAUAUUAUUUGAAAAUACUUUAUCCAGACUGUUUGUGUCAUUUUGAAAUCAGCAACAACAAUUAAAAAUUCAAUAUAAAACGUCUGAUUUCAAUAGCAUCCACAAAGUGCAGAAAUUUGAAUGGGCCCUUGAGCACUUUAUGAUAUGUAAGGAGUGCAUUGAACUCAUUCGUUCUAUUUAUGAUAGUACUCGUAUCUUUGGCAAACACCCACCGAAGUCUAUAAGUUGCAUACUAAUUUCAAUACAUAAUUGAUUUCGUAAAUAUUUGUCAAGUGGUUUGCUAAGAAAGUGGAACAAAAUAAAAACAAAAAUAUUCAGCAAUUAAAAAUUAUACACAGUUUAAAUGCAAAUUCAAAUGCAUUAUAUUUACAGCUAGUCGUAGUUGAAAACAAAAAUCAAAUCAAUUUAUGCAACUCUAACUCUACAUAAAAGAUAAAGCAAAAGAAUCAAGAAAAACUUAAAAAAAAGAUAUAGAUAUAUAUACAUAUAUAAAUAUAUAUGAAACAACAACAUUACUUAACAUCUUAAACUUUACUUAAUAAAUCUCUUUCAAAUCAAAUUCCAGUUCUUUUCAUUAAAAGAAACCAACCAAAAAAAUAUACAUCACAACUAUUGCCCCUAGGUACUGAACUAACACCAAGAUCAACCAACUUAACCCAAUAAAAGAAAACUUAAUCGAUUUCAAGUAAAACAAUUAAAUUAAUCAAUAAUAAUAAAAAAAAAACAACAAGCGCACUUUCUACUUACGGUAAGUUUCAUUUUCUAAGCUCUUCUUAAGCAAUUAAACUCAAGUUAUCACAAGUAAUCAGUAUGAUUUAGCUACAUAUGUUCCAUUAGUUAUAAAUAUAAUAUAUAAUAUACACUAUUUACAUAUCUUAUUAAUGCAUAUAUGUCUAAGUUACGUAUUCGAUUUAUUUAUGUGUUUUCUUUAUCUUAUAAAAAGCUAUACAAAAGGAAAAAAUUUCAAAUUUUUAUAAAAAUUACUGGAAAAAAACAGGAAUUGGCCAAAAACGAUUGAAAAAUGUUUAUACUUUUUUACUUAUGAGUUGUUUUUUUUGUUAUUAUUGAAAAAAAACACUUGCUCUUUAUUCAUUCACUUUCUAUCUCUCCGCCUUUUUUACUCUCUGUCACUGUCUUUCUCGCUCUGUUCUGUUUAUUGGAAGGAUCUUGUUAUUUGAUUUUGUUCAUUAUUUGUAUGCAGCAGGCAGGAGGGGUGUUGAAAAUAUGUUCGAUAUCGAUGUGCUAAUCAUACCAAAUAAUUGGCCCAAUGUUUGGCUCUGCUCUCACUCUAUAUCUAUCUCUCUCACUCUCUCUCUCUCUCUGUCCUACUCAUUGUUUUCUCUUACCCUAUUAAUAUGUAUAAACUUAAUAUAAUUUCUUAUCAGUAGUAAUUUAAAAAACAAAAAUAAAUUACCCACAUAAUUUCCGUGUUCAUAUCAAAAGUAUAACCCGUGAAUUCUGGCCCCCUUUGAUACCCCUUUGUAUAUUCAUACAUUUAGCAUUCCCCCCUCUAAAAACAAAAAUCAAACAAAAAAAUAAUCAAAUUAGCCCCCGUACAACUUGAAACUAAUGCGGUUUCGGCAUAAAACAAAAAACAAAACCAAAUAGAACAAAUUAUAAUUACAAUAACAGUCAAUCAUAAAAAAAAACAACCAACCAACACACACUCAUCAUUUAUUAAACCAUUCAACAAACUUAUAAAUAUUUAGUUCUUCUCUCAACAAAUCGGCAUAUUAAAAAGCGAACUAAAAAUAAAAGAGAAUAUAAAAAUAUAUUCUCUCAUUGCAUAUAUUAUAUAAUAUAAUCGUCUACAUAUUCGUACAUAAUUUGGUUUGGGUUCUUCAAAGUAUAUCAGCACCUGAAUUGCCAUCAUUGAAUAUAGUUAAUCCGACUCUCUCUCGACUUAUAAAUAUUGAUAUUGAUAUUGAUUGUAAAUAAUAACAACACUACAUAUAUAUUAUUAAAAUAUUUGUUAAGCAAAUAUCAUUUUGCCAAUACGUGAUGCGUUUUGGCUCAAUUUACUUACUUUUAGUACAUUUAAUUUGAUUUAAUUCCCUCCCUUCUCGUAUUGUCACACACAUAUUCCAAAUUUUAUUCAAAAUACUUGUCUAAUUGUUUUCUUUUGGGUGUAACAAAAUUUUUGCGUGAAUUUCUUUGAUGACAAACAAUUCUCUUCUUACUUAUGUUUUUUUAACUCUAAUCAAGUUCUACCCCCUCAAAAAACAAACACCUCUCAUGGUUCCCCCAAGCAAACACAAUUAAGUUUCCAGUACAUACAAUACUUACUUAUAUAUACAUAUACUAAACCCCAGUCAAGACGUCAUAUGGAAUUUAAAUACACGUUUAGUCAACAAAAAUUUAUCGUAAUUUCCACUUUUCCCAUUGGCAAUGCUAAAGAAGGGCAAACAAUUACAAUUACAAUAUAGAAAAAUGCUAAAAAACAAAAA